CCGCACUCAGCAACAGUCCUUUACUACCCACUCAUUCACAACCAGAAAGAUGGUUAAUCAAUAACCAUGACAUUUAAUGUCGAACUGUAUAAACCAGUGGCGCUGUGCUUCAUCCCUCCAGCACAUGCUCAAAUCUGCAAAGAAAAAAACUCUUUCUGUCAAAUUAAAUGGAGUUUGAAGUGGGUUACAGGCCUCCAAGUGGCGAGCAUUUCGACUUGAACGGUGACAGAUUCGCCGCCGCAAAGCAGGAUGGGUAAGAAUGGGACGCUGAAAGUAUGGCGGAUGGAGAAGAGCCGGAAAAGAAAAGAAGGAGAAUAGCGGCGCUGACUGAGAAGUUAGUGAUGAAAUGCUAAGAGCUGGCUGCAGCAUGGCAGUUGAAGGUUGCAGUAUUGGUGACUGGGAUGGCCGCUGGAGUCAUGUGCAGAAGUUCCUGGAGAGAACUGGCCCCUUCACACACCCAGACUUUGAACCUAGUGAGGAGACAUUACAGUUUCUGUUGGAAACAUGCAAAAUCCUGGUCAUUGGAGCUGGGGGUCUUGGCUGUGAACUACUGAAAAACCUGGCUCUGUCAGGUUUUCGUCAUAUUCAUGUUGUGGAUAUGGACAUCAUUGAUGUCUCCAACCUCAACAGGCAGUUCCUCUUUAGGUCCAAAGAUGUUGGCCGACCUAAAGCAGAUGUGGCAGCUGAGUUUAUAAACCAGCGUGUUCCUGGUUGUAAUGUUGUACCACAUUUUAAAAAAAUUCAGGAUUUUGAUGCUUCAUUUUAUAGACAGUUUCAUAUUAUUGUUUGUGGGCUGGACUCAAUCAUUGCCAGGCGCUGGAUCAAUGGGAUGCUGUUGUCCCUGCUCUCUUAUGAAGAUGGAGUUUUGGAUCCCAGCUCUAUCAUUCCUCUGAUAGAUGGAGGGACAGAGGGCUUUAAAGGGAAUGCAAGAGUCAUCCUGCUGGGAAUGACAGCCUGUAUAGACUGCACACUGGAGCUUUACCCACCACAAAUCACUUUCCCAAUGUGCACUAUUGCCUCAAUGCCACGGCUACCAGAGCACUGCAUAGAGUAUGUGAGAGUGCUGCAGUGGUUCAAAGACAAACCCUUUGGAGAUGCUGUUGGUCUGGAUGGUGAUAACCCAGAGCACGUUCAGUGGGUGUUCCAGGAGUCUUUAAAGAGAGCAGCUGAGUUUAAUAUCACUGGUAUCACCUACAGACUCACUCAAGGUGUGGUUAAACGAAUCAUCCCUGCUGUUGCAUCCACAAAUGCAGUCAUCGCUGCUUCUUGCGCCACAGAGGUUUUUAAAAUUGCUACAAGCGCAUAUAUCCCAUUGAAUAACUAUCUGGUUUUUAAUGAUGUGGAUGGAUUGUAUACUUAUACUUUUGAAGCAGAGCGAAAGGACAACUGUACAGCAUGUAGUCAGGUUCCUCAAAAACUACAGUUCCCACCAUCUGCAAAACUGCAAGAGGUGCUGGAGUAUCUGACUGAGAAUGCUUCUCUUCAAAUGAAGUCCCCAGCUAUCACUGCAACACUUGAAGGCAAAAAUAAAACACUCUACCUGCAGAGCAUUGCCUCAAUUGAAGAAAGAACAAGACCCAAUCUCUGCAAAACUUUGAAAGAGUUGGGAUUGGCUGAUGGACAGGAGUUAGCUGUUGCUGAUGUCACCACACCUCAGACUGUCCUCUUCAAGCUCAACUUCACAUCAGAAACAUGCAGCAUUAAACAAGUACAACAUUAAUUUAAUGGCAGAGGUUCCUCAAAUUCACCUGCAACAGUUUAUUUGCAGCAUAUACCUAAAUAACUCCCUUCAUGUGUAGAGUCUGUAUUUGCUUUGUACUUCAAACUGAAACAUCAUGUAUUUGUUUUCAAUACAUGUAAUUUGUAAUUUGCAACUCAUAAUUUAUUAGGAAUGUUGUCGUUUUAUCAACCAACUAUCCAGACAAUUUUAGGAUUAUUAUGCAAGGAUGAUGAGACCUGUGCCACAAAGCAAGUUUAACCGGUUAGAAUUAAGUACUACAAAGGUGGAUUGGUGUUCAUUGGAAUAGUAGCAAACACUGCACAACUAACUUGCUCCAGUGCAAGUUAGUCUCAAUCACAGGUCACAAACAUAUAUUUGACCAAUCGGCUUGUCUCAGACGUGCAAUGAAGUCACUCAUCCUGUAUCGCUCACUCUGUGUUCAUCAUGAUCUCUUAUGCUGUGUAAGUGUUUACAUUCUUCAUGUUUUUUUUUAUAUAUAUAUAUAUAUAAUGAACAAUGAUGAAACCAAUCCUGUAUUGAAUUUCUUUAAAUAGUUUUGUAGUACAGUCCUCUGGUAAUCCUGUCAGUUGCAGUUUUUUUUUAGUUGGUAGCACUGUACAGUAAGGUAUCAUUAGUUAACAUCAGCUAAUGCAUUUACUAACAAUGAGCAAUACAUUCGGUACAGUAUUUAUUAAUCUCUGUUAACCAUAGUUAAUAAAAAUACAACUGUUCAUUGUUAGUUCACAGACAGCUUGAUUUUUAAUUAAACCGUGUUUGUUGUUGUUGUUGUUGUUGUUGUUGU